UCUUGGCGCUGAACACGAACUGGAUAUGACGGAAUCCAAACCCGAGAAGAAAUUCCACGAAAGAAUCUCAUUCAUUCUCCUCGUAUCGCAAAUAUGCAGACAAUUGCUAUCAAUGCAGCUGCUCUGUGGACAUGGAUUGAAUUUUCUGACUAUCAACCUCACAACCUAACACGAUUCUUUCUUGCACGAUCCAAAGGAGCUAUUCUGAAGACUAGACUUACCAUCAACAACCCGAAGAAGAAAGCACACACAAAAGAGGGAAUGGAUAUUAUCGACACGGCGCUUGGUACCCCGCGACGUUUUUGGAGAGGUGCGAAGCCCAAUGGAUUGAUGAACCGCGCCAGCUCCGACUCCGCGCGAAGGACUGAAGCGGUUGUCCCUAUAGUAGUGAAGGUGCUUCCGUCUGAGGGCGAAUUCAUCUCCGUUAUCUGGAAAUGCCCUUUAUUGGAAAUGUUGAAACUCGCCAAGGGAGGCCUCGAACUCGAAGAUUGGGAGGGCAUCGCUGAGAUGCGACGCCGAACGCAUCAAUUGACCUUCAUCGAUUGAACUCAUUAUGUCUUUCCACGCUGUCGUGCAAUAAGAUGGUGUUGAGUCUCCACCUCGUUAAUAGCCCAAACCUGAAAAGUCUGUGGAUACAUAUGCCCACGGCAAGCAGGAACUGGGAGAGUGACGACUCGGACGAGCAAGGUCUCCAUGUGCUAAAAAGCAUUGCGGCAUUCGUCGACCGCACUUCUGAGAUAUCCUCUUUACGCACCCUACAUAGAAG